GUGACAUUGGAGCCGCACGGUUUGAGACCUGUUCAGUGUUUUUUUGUUAUCUGCCGGUGUGUUUAGUGAAAUAAAAAGCGUGGAAGCAAUUUGUUUUGGAAUUUGUGCCUCUUCAUAGUUCCCAUCGUUACCUAGAACAAAUUUGAUUCAAUUAAAGUCAGUGCUAACUCGAUCAGGGAUAUGGCUAGUGUUACGGAAGUCGGCGGAAUCAAGCUAGGAAAGCUGCUGAUCGAGGGUAAGACCAAGCAGGUUUACGACGUUCCGUCGUUACCGGGUCACUCGAUCCUGCUGAACAAGGAUCGCAUAACGGCACACAAUGGCGUCCGGGCGCACGACCUGGAAGGGAAGGCCAAAAUCUCCAAUCAAACCAAUGCGAAGGUGUUUACGCUGCUGAACCAGGCCGGUGUAAAGACGGCUUUCGUCCGGAUGGUGUCCGAUAAUGCGUUUGUGGCACGCAAGUGCGAUAUGGUACCGAUCGAGUGGGUUACCCGUCGGUUGGCUACCGGUUCCUACUUGAAGCGGAAUCCGGGUGUGAAGGAGGGAUACCGGUUUGCGCCGCCCAAGCAGGAAACGUUCUUUAAGGAUGAUGCCGCCGAUGAUCCGCAGUGGAGUGAGGAGCAGAUGGUGUCCGCUGGGUUUAAGGUCAACGGGGUGGUGAUUGGUCAAGACGAGGUGGACAUCAUGCGUCAAACCACGAUCCUGGUGUUCGAAAUCCUGGAACGAGCCUGGGCCACCCGGAACUGUGCCCUGAUCGAUAUGAAGAUCGAGUUUGGUGUGGAUGAGGACGGACAGCUGCUGGUAGCGGACGUGAUUGAUUCCGACUCGUGGCGGCUGUGGCCAUCGGGUGAUAAGCGGUUGAUGGUGGAUAAGCAGGUUUACCGUAACCUGGCGUCGGUUAGUGCUUCCGAUCUGGAUACGGUUAAGCGUAAUUUCCUGUGGGUUAGCGAACAGUUGGACAAUAUUGUGCCGGCGAAUGAUCACCUGGUGGUGGUACUGAUGGGAAGUGCUUCCGAUAAGGAGCACUGUGAGAAGAUCGCUAAACAUUGUCGGGAGCUUGGAUUGAAUGUGGAACUGAGGGUGACUUCGGCUCAUAAGGGAACCCAGACGACGUUGCAGAUUGUGAGCGAGUAUGAAAGUGUUUUGCGCAAUUUGGUUUUUAUUACGGUGGCGGGGCGUUCCAAUGGGCUCGGACCGGUUUUGUCGGGGAAUACUAACUAUCCGGUUAUUAAUUGUCCACCGGUGAAACCGGAGAAUGUCAGUUUGGAUGUUUGGUCCAGCUUGAAUGUACCGUCUGGGUUGGGUUGCGCUACGGUUUUGUAUCCGGAGGCGGCCGCACUGAAUGCUGCCCAGAUUUUGGGUUUGGGUAAUUUUUUGAUUUGGUCCAGGUUGCGCGUUAGGCAGUUGAAUAAUUUUGCCGGGUUGAUCUAUGCCGAUAAGGGACUGCGUGGGGUGAGAAAGACGGAAUGAAGGGAGGUUAGUGGAGUAGAAGAUGAAACUUUUGUAUGUUAUUGUUAGAUUAGAUUGCAUCCUGUUUAUAGUAAACUAAGAGGGAUGAAAAAUAAAAUAAAUACAUUUUAUAUUAUUGCAA